AUGCGCGUGCGGUUCGCUCUAGAUCUACUCAUUCAUCUUGUCCUGGAGACAAGUGCUCCGUCCUGUUCUUGCAGUGUGGUCUCUGCUGUUGAAAUUCAUGCAUACCCUCCGGCAGCCGGCAGGGACUCGCCGCUUUUCAGCUUCAUCGACAGCUUGUCUCCGAUCGAGCCUCUCAAGUCUGCCUACUCCGGGAAUGGCCUCCAAGCAUACCAUCAGUCGCUCAACGUCACCUCCGUUUCCUCAAUCUUCACAUCCCCGCAUCACAAUGCACACAAGGAAUCGAAACUCUCCAAGGGCUCUUUCGCUGACUACACUGAAAAUGAGCUUUGCAUGGAGGAAGGCACCGAUAAAAAUAAGUCACCCACUUCUUCAACGGCCGUUAGAUUGUUCGCCUGCACUAGCACUAUAACUCGAGAGAGCCACACAAUGACUACCUGCUCAGUAAAUGAAGGCAUUGUUGAUCCUCCCAAAGGGCCUAAUGAUUUGCCUCAACCUGGUCGAUUCGAUUCUGGCAGUCCGGAUCACAACACAGCGCCUUGCCACGGUGUUAGUGUUAGAUCAGAUCUUAAACAGGACAAAUGUCCAAAAUUAGAAGCAGUCCAAACCACUAAUAAUACUGUGGAGAAAAGGAAAUGUUUGUUUUCCACUGACAUGCAGCUCCAGGAUGGUUGCCAGCCUGCAAAAGAAAAUAAUGAAGUUAUGGGAUGUGAAUGGGACGACUUAGUUUCUGUCACUUCGGGUGAACUUUUGGCCUUUGACUCAUCAAUGGACCAACAUCACACAGGAGUUCAGCUGGCAGUUAAUAAUGCAGAAUCUUGUGGAUAUUUGCUAUCAAAACUUGCAGGAGGUGCUGACAUCUCUGAUAGAACACACCCCACUACAUCCAGUCAAGCAUACUAUCAUGAGAUGGUGGUGGGAGAAGAUAAGACAGAAAAUGGCCAGCUCUUUCCUGAAGAUAAAAAAACAAUCUUAAGUGAAGAAAUACAGGAUAAUAUUAAUGAAGAGAAUGCAUGUAUUCCAUUAGGCUGCAAGGUUGAGACCCAACAACGAGGAGUUCGAAGACGCUGCCUUGUUUUUGAGGCAGCUGGGUAUUCACAUAGGACUGUGCAGAAAGAAUCUGCUGGGGAUUUGUCCUUCUCAACAUGCAAAGGCAAAAGUUCUGCCCAAAAUCACAGAAAUCCAGGAAAAACUCCAUCACCACACGUAUUCCGUGGUAUUGGUCUUCAUUUGAAUGCUCUUGCCUUAACAUCAAAAGACAAAAUGGCUUGUCAGGACCCUUUGGCUACUGCCUUGGUUCCAUCACUGAAAACUGAACAGGUCGUGCAUGGGAAUUUGCUGUCUGCUGGAGGAAAUUUUUUCCAUUCAGGCAGUGGUUCGUUAGACCUUCAGAUGGAUAAUGAUGAUUGCUCAGUUGGAGGUUUUCUUGGAAAUGAUCAUAAUUCAAGUCAAAGCAGCAGCCCCCCAAAGAAGAGGCGUAAAUCAGAUAAUGGCGAUGAUGAUUCAUGCAAGCGUUGCAGCUGUAAAAAGUCAAAGUGCUUGAAACUUUAUUGUGAGUGCUUUGCUGCUGGCGUGUACUGUUCUGAACCUUGUUCAUGUCAAGGAUGUCUUAACAAGCCUAUACAUGAGGAAAUUGUUCUCUCCACGCGAAAGCAGAUAGAAUUCCGGAAUCCGCUGGCAUUUGCUCCAAAAGUGAUCCGCAUGUCUGAGGCUGGUCAGGAGACUCAGGAAGAUCCUAAAAACACUCCUGCUUCUGCUCGUCAUAAGAGAGGAUGCAAUUGCAAGAAGUCAAGCUGUCUCAAGAAGUACUGUGAAUGCUAUCAGGGAGGUGUUGGUUGCUCCAACAACUGCAGAUGCGAAACGUGCAAAAACACUUUUGGCACUAGAGAUGUUGCCGUAUCAGCUGAGAAUGAAGAAAUGAAGCAAGAAGGCGAACAGACUGAAAGUUGUGAAAAAGAGAAGGAAAAUGACCAACAAAAGGCUAAUGUACACAGUGAAGAUCACAAACUGGUUGAGCUUGUCGUCCCAAUAACACCACCUUUGGAUGUUUCCAGUUCUUUGCUCAAACAGCCAAACUUCUCAAAUGCAAAGCCACCUAGACCAUGUAAAGCCCGCAGUGGGAGUUCCUCUCGGUCUUCAAAAGCCUCUGUAACAGUUCAGUCUCGCAAAAUCUCGAAGGUUGGUGAUAGCGUGUUCAUUGAGGAAAUGCCUGAUAUUCUAAGGGAGCCUUCUUCUCCUGGUAUCGUGAAGACUUGUUCCCCUAAUGGAAAAAGAGUUUCACCGCCACAUAAUGCACUCAGCAUUUCACCAAACCGAAAAGGAGGGCGGAAGCUGAUACUGAAAUCGAUCCCCUCCUUUCCAUCACUGGUUGGGGACACGAACGGUGGAUCUGCAAUAUGCAGCUCCGACAGCACAACAGCUCUUGCUUUAGUUGUUGCAGAAGCUUAUCUGUACGUUUGUCCUUGGAACCAGGUCCAUCGUAAAAGCUGGGCUGGGCAGCCGAUUAUCCGCGACCGGAGUACGACUUGUAGUCCGAUAAUGAAACCAUGCGAGGUCACAAAUUUGCCUGAAAAGAAUGAGCACUUGAUCAGACAUGACAUUAAGAUGAUUUGUGUAGUGUGUGGAACUUAUCUCAGGUUGGCCAUGCAUCUCUUUCAUGAUCCGAGUUCAUGUAGAAAGGCACAGGAUGGUCUCUACGCAGAUGGGUCUUCCCAGUUUGCAACACGGGAGAUCUGCAGGCUUGGGUUCGCCGCAAUCGAUUGCUUGCUUCUCCUGGACGGCGCAGAGGUCCCGGGUGAACUGCAUGAGCUCUCUGGUGGCAAUGUUGUGUAUGUCAGCGCCACUGUGAUGAAGAAGAUCUCCGGGAUGCAGUCGGUUGAUUCAACCGAGGCGAUUGCUGUCAUGCACAUGCCUAAGCAUUUCUGUGACCUCGGUGAUGAUGAGGGUGGAGCUGGUCUUGACGCGUCGUUCCUGUCUCCAAAGAGGAUUCUAGUCCUUGAUGGGAUUCAGGAUCCGGGUAACCUUGGAACGUUGAUAAGUAAUCUAUUUAAAACUUAUGUGAUCAGCAAGGAUGGGGUAUUUCUUCUUCCGGCUUGCUGUGAUCCUUUCAAUGAAAAGGUUCUUCGUGCAGCUCGUGGAGCCUCUUUGCAGCUUCCAAUUAUCUCUGGCAACUGGUGUGAUCUGCAUGAUUUGGUAACUAGAUAUGGCAUGAAGAUGUUGGCAGGCCAUCCAGAAAGUAGCAGUGAUGGAUCUGAAAAAACCCAUGUGCUGUCCAAAGAGCUUGCAGACUCACUGAUGAGUGAGUCACUAUGCUUAGUGUUAGGAAGUGAGGGCAAUGGCCUCUCUGAAGAGACCGUCCAAGCUUGUGAUCUUGUAAGCAUUCCUAUGGAAGUUUUACUGAUCCUCCAAUACGUCUUAGUUGCAAGGCUUAAUCAAUGGUCUGCCACAAGGAUGAGCCCAUAUGAAACUGCAAAGACUGACAAAAUGGUUCAAACUAUUUCACUUAUACUCCAGAGCCACUUAUGCUCUCCCUCUCAUCUCCAGAGCCACAGUCGGCCUACCGUUGCUCCUUGGAGUCGUAUCCACAAUCGGCGGGCAACAUACGAUGCUUGGACUCAUGACAAUGCCAAUGUAUUUAAAUAA